AAGAUCGAUGUCAACAAACAAUAUUGCUAUCGUGAUAGCCCACUGAUGGUUGCGGCAAAAAGUGGUCAUAUCGAAGUAGUAAGGUUACUGCUCGAGCACCCUAAGAUCGAUGUCAACGAACGAGAUUCCUAUCGCGAUAACCCACUGAUUUUUGCGGCAAAAAGUGGUCAGAUCGAAGUAGCAAGGCUACUACUCCAACACCCAGAGAUUGAUGUCAAUAUCAAGGAUAAUUGGAAUUUAACACCACUGCAACGUGCCAGGCGCAAUUCACACAAAGAAGUAGUAGACCUUCUAUUAUCCCAAGGCGUCAUAGAC